CCCGCCUCCCCGUUGUGCGGUUCCGCGCACGCGCAACCCCGGCUCCGCUUCCGGGUCAGCCAUCGCUCUUCACUGCCCUCCCCGCCCCGCCAUGGAGGCCGGGCAGGGUCCCGGCGGCGGGGAGGUGGGUGACCCCUCCGAGAGGGAAGUCCCUAAGCCUUAUGUGCCGACAGAGGAGGAAAGAAGACUCCUCAAGGAAUGUGCUGAAGAGAGCGCCCGCUAUAGAGCUUUUCCUUUGGCUGCGGCGAGCAUGCUUGCUACUAGUUUCUUAAUUAGGAGAGGUAUUCUAAGGGACAGCUCAAGAUUUGGCUCUUUUACCAAAGUUGCAUUUGCUGGAAUGUGUGGAUACCUGGCUGGAAAGAUAUCCUACAUACCAAUCUGUAGCGAGAAAUUUAAGCAACUGAAGGAUUCCCCAAUAGGAGAUGUUCUACGACAAGCUCAGAGACAUAGUUCACAUAACCGUACCAGUCGGAAAUCUGAAUUUUCAGACAUGCCUCCUCAGUCCUUUACUGAAUCCUCUUCUCCAAGAGCUGGAUUCCCGCUCCCUUCUAGCUAUUCAGACGAUUAUAGUUCCACAGACCGAGCCCUCUCCAGCUACGAACCCGUUCCCUUCAGUGCUUCCCUGAAUGAAUCCUCGCCUACAGGAAUUACUGACUACCCUGCCCAAGAACCUGCUCCAAUUCCAGAAGAAAGUCGUAAAAAGAAAGGCAUCACAUAUGAGGAAUUAAGGAAUAAACACAGAGAGACGUAUGAGGUAAUGCAACCACCAAAGGUAGAAACUCCAAGCAAGUUUUCACAGGAAAAACCAGCUAAGGAAGUUAAAGUAAAUAAAUAUGGAGAUACCUGGGAUGAGUAAGAGCUGAGUGAAGAACCGAAGAGAAAGAUCUCCUGUCAGCUAACUUGAACUUCAUCUAGAUUAGUCACGAGUGUCGGCACCUUCCGUGUGUUCUGCCAGGCACAGCUAUUAAUACAUGAAGAGAAAAUCCUGCCUUGCCAGAAGAUUAAAGGCUUAAUAUAUAUAUUUUUUUUUUUAAUUUUGCAUAAAUGGCAAGCAGGGCUACUGUGAGGUGUCAUGACUAUUUGUGCUGUCGUUUAAGAAUGAAAAGGGUAACUGGUGAUAACUAAUACAGUUGUAUAGCAAAAGGUAAAAAGAUAAGUAAAUAAAUGCAAUCACACAUAUUGGGAAGGGAAAAAUACCUGAAUCUUCUCAAAUUUUCAAGACUUGAAUUAAAAGUUACCUGUAGAA